AAGUCUCACUCUGAGGCGGGCCCCAUUGACAGUGUGCUCACUAGGUUUUAGCCUCAUGAAGGGGAAAUGAACUGUAAAUGAUGUAAUUAUUGUGGCUUAUUGUAAUUUGCAGCUGAUCAACAAACUGCGCAGAAUUCAAAACUUUUGGAUCAGAACACUGAACAAUGUAAUCUAAUGGCCAGACGGUAUUGUCCUAGUGGCUUCAUUUAUUUUGGUUAUUGCUACAAGUUUGUUCUUGAGAAAAAGACUUGGAUUGAUGCUGAGCUGCAUUGCCAACACCUAUCUCCAGGCGGCCAUCUUGCUUCCCUGCACGGGAUGGAGCAGAAUAAUGUUCUUGCAGAAAUGAUACGUAACUCCCAAAAUAAAUGUGCUCCAAUUUGGAUCGGUUUGAAUGACGUUCACAAGGAGGGGACUUUCCAAUGGAGUGAUGGAUCUGCAUCAGAUUUUAUGUAUUGGAUGAAAGGUGAACCCAAUAAUCUUGAUGGAACAGAGCACUGUGGGCAGAUUUUGUUCGAGAAUUCAGUUCAGUGGAACGAUGCACGUUGCUCUUCGCCCCUCUGUUUCCUUUGCUCCUACAAACUGCCGUCUCCCUGCUGCGAGUGAAAGAAUCUCUCAAUGCUCCAUGGAUCCUGUCUGGGAGUGGAUGCAGUGCCUCCGUCUGCUUGUAGUUGCAGUCACAGCCAAUGAUGACUGUACUGACUGAGU